CUUUGAGGCCAAGGAAAGAGAGAGAGUGAGAUAAAGCUAGUAAAAAAAAGUGUUUUGAGGCUUUUCUUUUAAAUAGACAAAUGAAUUGGAUACUUUGCUUAGCAGUAGUAAUCUAGGAAAAUGGCAUCUGUCUCUCUCUCUCUCCCUCUUUCUCUUCCUUUCUUAGCUGUGUAGUUGGAUCAAAUUCAAAAAACUCAUCAGAAAGAUCAUAGCUUGGGUUGAAUUUGUUGGUAGUAUAUGUGUGUUUAGUAGUAAUCUAGGACCCAAUCCCUCAAACCCCACCUUCAAAAACAUAUUCACCAUCCCUGUCUCUGUUUUUCCUCUUCCAUUUUCGUGGCAUAGUUUGUCUGGUCGUUUCGUGUGCUGCAAGGAUGAGUACUAGUGGGUUUAGUGUUUCAAUCCCAAACAGUGUGAGAAAAACGAUCCAGGCCAUUAAGGAGAUCACAGGAAAUCAUAGUGAAGAGAAAAUCUAUGCAUUGCUAAAAGAAUGUUCCAUGGAUCCCAACGAGACAGCCCAGAAGCUUCUCUUACAGGAAACAUUCCAUGGGGUCAAAAGGAAACAUGUAAGGAGAAAAAAGAAUCUGAGCAACAAACAGCCUGGAGAGGUGCGAUGGAGAUCUGGAACGCAGGGACGGGGGGGUAGGGGUGGUAGGGUGGCCUUGUCACCGCACUUUACAUCUCAUGAUGGUGGUAGGGGCAGGAGUUCAGGUCCUGGAAAGGAGAAUGGACUCAAUCAAGGUGCAGAGAAGGAUCUUGCUUCUUUGCCAACCUCUUAUGAGAAUAAGAAUAAAGAAAGAAGUUCUGUUACAAGGUCUGCACCUGUCAUUGCCAAUGGUCCUACCAAUAUAGCUUCUGGAAGCACUAGUACUGUGCAUGCCUCCAAUAUAUUAGCAGGAAGUGGUGAUCCUGAGAUAAGUUUGUCAUAUGCUGGCAAAGAUAUUUCAAGCAGUAAACUCAAUCCUGGUUAUGCAAAUAAGAACCCAAUUGCCGUUGGAACUGAGGACUCGUGGGAGCAGCCUGCACCAACACCAACGUCUUCACUAGCGGUCUGUUUCUCAUCUUCAGAUCCUGUCCUGGAGCCAUCUAAUGAUUCUCAAGUUCCAGCUGCACUAGGCCUUGAACGUGAAGUAGGGAGCCAUUGUCUCCCCGCUACUGAGAUUGGUAGCUCGUCUGCACAAGGAAUGAUGCCAAACAGUUUCCAGGGAGUUGGGAAAUCUCAACACACUGAGUUGUCAUACUCUUUUUCUAUAUCAACUCAUGGUGGUUUUUCAGUUAGUCUGCCAUCAUCAAAUUACAGCAGCUGGCCACAACAAAUAAUUUGCGGUCAAAAUGAUGUUGGUUCUAAUAAGGAGUGGAAAUCAAAGCCUACAAGUUCUGCCCCACAAGGUCCUGGAACAGCUGGUGCAUCUGAGAUUCCAACUGCUGCUGCUGAUGCUACUACCCUGUCACAACCAGUCUCAACUGUCCUUGAUUCAGAAGAAGCAAAACUGCAGAAGAAGCUGGAGGAAUUACACCUUCCACAACGUCAACAUGUUAUUUUACCAAACCACAUCCAUGUCCCUGAAUCUGAAAGGACCAAGUUGAGCUUUGGAAGCUUUAGUGUUAGUUCUGAGGUAAUUACUGGUAAUGCCAGCGGUGAGGAGAGGGACAAGUGCUCUACAACUGUGUCUGAAACAUCUCGGCGUAUUGAAGAUACUAGCGAGGAACACUCCUCAAGGUUUGUAAUGUACUGCAUUUUAGCAUUAGGAUUAGUGUGGAUCGCAUCACUUUUUGCUUAGUUUUGAGAGAAGUGCUUUCAUUGAAAGAGCAAUAUCAAGUAUAAUAUGAUCGCAUCACUUUUUGCUUAGUUUUGAGAGAAGUGCUUUCAUUGAAAGAGCAAUAUCAAGUAUAAUAUGAUCAUAGUUCAUGUGGUAAUCUAGUAUAAGUAGUAACUUUGAGCUGAUGCGACGAUCCUUUUGUUUAUUGUGUUGCUAAUAAAUUUAGAAAAUAUUACUUUAAA